AUGAAUCUAAUUUCGACUAAUAUUACAUUUCCAAGAGGCUUAUGUCCAAUUUGUGGCAGGAUAUAUGGAUCAAGCAAAGACCUUCAGGAUCAUUUGAUGGCUCAUCAUGAGCGUAAAUAUGAAUGCGAAAAAUGCGCGAGGACAUUCGUUUCAGAGAAACGUAUGCGAGCACAUGAAAUUAAGAAACAUUCCGCCCAUUCAACCAAUUUCGUAAAAGAAAACGGUGAACGGAAAUUAUUCGAGUGCAAUCAAUGCGAUCGAACCUAUGAAACUUUUUAUAAUUUUAAAGAACAUUUAGCCAAGCAUAAAGGCAAAUUAUUUCGAUGCACAAUUUGCAGUAAACAUCUAUCUGGGCAGAGUGCUUUAAGCAGACAUGCAAAAAUUCAUGAAAAACCUCAUGAAUGUAUGAUGUGUACUAGCCGAUUCAGUUCAGCAUACGAUUUAGACUGCCAUUUUAGCUACUACCAUUCGACCAUUAAACGGUUCAAAUGCUUUCACUGUAAUCGGGUACUAUAUAAUUAUUCCGGUAAACUACGCCACGAACGACUAUGUUCCUUGAAAACUAAUGUUUUCCAAAAAACAAUACCUCAUCCUGAAGACAUAAUCCGGACAGAAUCAGGAAAUGAACAAGUAAAGAAAUCCAGUGAUAACGAAGAAUGUAGAGUCAUUCAGAACCAUCCGACUGCUGUUAAUUUGAUCUCAGAAUCGAGAUUUUAUACGCCCAAAACACUACCUGAGAAUUCGAAAAGGCUCAUCCCAUCCUCUAAAUCCAAACAAAGGAAAACAUUUCACAUUUGUGAUAUCAUGCAUGACAUUCCAGGUUUUUCGCAAUAG